GCCCCGGGCCUCUGUCUCCACGUGGAUUCGCAGGAGGAACCCGGGGUUGGGCGUCAUGGCCGCGGCCGAGAGUGGGAAGGCGGCGGGAGCCGAGGCGUCGCAGCCCCAGAAGCGCUACUAUCGGCAGCGAGCGCACUCCAACCCCAUGGCGGACCACACGCUACGCUACCCUGUGAAGCCAGAGGAGAUGGACUGGUCCGAGUUGUACCCGCAGUUCUUCGCCCCCCUCACUCAAAAUCAGAACCACGACGACCCCAAGGACCAGAAGAACCAGAGACCGCAGGCCCAGGUGGAGUUUGCGGACAUAGGCUGUGGCUACGGUGGUCUGUUAGUGGAACUGUCCCCGCUGUUCCCAGACACUCUGAUUCUGGGUCUGGAGAUCCGGGUCAAGGUCUCUGAUUACGUCCAGGACCGGAUCCGGGCCCUGCGUGCGGCCCCCGGAGGUGGUUUCCAGAACAUCGCCUGUCUGCGCAGCAACGCCAUGAAGCACCUUCCUAACUUCUUCCACAAGGGCCAGCUGACCAAGAUGUUCUUCCUCUUCCCUGACCCACAUUUCAAACGCACCAAGCACAAGUGGCGAAUCAUCAGCCCCACGCUGCUGGCGGAGUAUGCCUACGUGCUGAGAGUCGGAGGACUGGUAUAUACCAUAACCGAUGUGCAGGAGCUGCACCAGUGGAUGUGCACCCACUUUGAAGGACACCCCUUGUUCGAGCGUGUGCCCCUGGAGGAGCUGAGUGAAGACCCCAUCGUGGGACAUCUAGGCACCUCCACCGAAGAGGGCAAGAAAGUUCUACGCAAUGGAGGAAAGAACUUCCCAGCCAUCUUCCGGAGAGUACAGGACCCCACGCUCCUGGCUGAGGACCCCAAUCCCAGCCUUCCUGGUCACUGACUGUUUAUCCUGCGCUGAGUGGCAUCUUCCAGGCACUGGGAGGACACUCAGGCCCCCCGGGCCUUCCCAGCUGGGUCUACAAGAAACAGCAACCUCCUACCAAGAAGUUAGAGGCAGCCCCGGACAGAACCCUGCUUUUUACAGCCAUCCCAGCUCCUCUCACCUCCUAGUCUCUUCACAGCCAGCAGAAAGCGAAAGAAACUGAACGGGAAAGUUGGAGGACCUUGGACUAGGAGGGCCCAUGGGGUGGGGGUGCGUGAGGCAUGGGGUCUUGCUGUCCCUUAGCACUCCCUUCCCCUGUGGGAUGUGUCAUUCCAUUUUCCAAACUGCCUGCUAGGCACAAACCACUUGCCCGCUCGUGUUUGCUUCGCAGUCCUGGGGACGACAUGCGGGUGUUCACAUGUCCCAGCUGCUGUCCCGCAGGAGCGAUGGGAGUGCAUAUCAUGUGCCUUGUCCCGGCCCUGGCCAAGACACCGCCUGAGGGAUCCGUCCCAGUGGGAGGGGGGAGUGGGGAUGGAGUCCCUCCCUUUGUACUGGCCAUGGAUUCCACAGAUUCCAAAACUUCAAAGCUGACAGAGCCUCGUGGGGGGAGGGAGGGAGGAUGAGGAAACCGUGAAACUGAGCCAAACUGUGGAGGCCUCCAAGGCUGAAGGUGGGAUGGGACUGCUGGCCAGAAUGUGUCCCCCUCCCCCAUAGAGGACCUCCUCCACUGAGCACUAGACCCUCACUCCACCCAGCAGCCCCAGGGAAUUGUUGGACUUUCCUAACAUGCAAAAACUGUGCCUUUAUUUUUCCUACUCCUCAAGCCCCAAGUUCUCAGGGCUGGAAAGAGGAGCCCGUUGACCCUAGAGACGCCCCCUCCCCAAGAAAUAAACACGAAGGUGUCUGUAAGCCAUA